AUGAGUGUACCUAUGAAUAAUUCACCAAACGACCGUCGCUUUACUAAUUGGAUAAACUCAAUCAAUUCUGAGUUACCAUAUUGUCAAACUCUAGAGGUCAAGGACUUAUUGUCAACAACAUUAUCAAGCAUUGGUGCUGUUGCCCUCAAAAUAGAUAAUGGUGAAUAUUUUCAUGAUACUGUUCAAAUCAUUUUAGAAAGGGCCCAAAUUCUAGUCGAGAAAAUUUUCAAUCUACUCCCUCAUACAAGACUUGAACGACGGGGUCCAACUCAGACUUGCCAGAGAACAAUAGAUGUCAUCAGUGCAAUGAUAGCAGAACUCCAGCGUAUUGCACCUGUUGGAAUCUAUUUCCAUCAUUGUAAAAGAGCAGAGAUUCUUCAGAUUGUGAAUAAGGAUUACUGCAAAAAGAGUGGACCUCCAACAGGAUUGGCACCGGUACGUUACGCUGUUUGUGACAGCUUAGCUGAUCUUGCAGGCUAUGUCGAGCACUACGAUAAUUUGGAAUUCGACGAAAGCACCAAAAUACAAUUACUAGAAGCAAAGGCAAAAAAGAUGCUCGACAGUCAUUAUGCUUUUAAAACAGAGCACAUUAAUGUGCAUCAAGAACGUAUCAUUAUUCACAAUGCAUUAAACUUGGGGAUUGAUUUGAUGUGGAAUAUUGUAUUCAAUAUGUUACCAGCAGAAUCUUCCCUAAGACUUGGAUUACAAAGGGGUAUUGCAAUCGAUAACAAUCCAUUCGAGUAA